AUCACUGCUGAGGAGUCAGAGGAUGAGCCUCCGUCUAGAGAGGAGCGAGCGGACACCCGGCUCGGCGCACGGGAUGCACCAGAAGGGUACAGCAACGGGGCUGUAACUGAAGAGGCUGAAGGCGACAGGCGGCGAGAUGAGGAGGAGGCAGAGCAGCCGGACCAAACGCCCGUGUUGAGUAACAAGCCACGAAAGAAGAAAAAGAAAAGGAAAACCAGGAAGACUUUGGCAGGGGAGACUCUGGAAGACAAUGACCUGGAAGACAUUGACAGCUUGCUACAGAAGAUUGAGGAUACCAGUGGGCUAUGGCAGCAGACCCAAAGUGGAAUAAUUGCUGACAGCAGGCCUCUGCUCUACGUAGAGCACAGAAACUUGAAUCCAGAGAAUGAGUUGAAGAGAUACUUUGGGGCUCGCACUGUUCUUGGUGAUCAGAGGCCAAGGCAAAGGCAGCGCCAGUACGUCCGCAGCACGUGGCUGACAGUUCCAAAGAAUACCUGGCCACGCUAUGGCAAAACAGGUAUUGCCAUGCAGCUGAUGGAUACCAGGAGGGGAGUGCAGUACUUCACUUUCGAGCACCAUCGUGAGUACCAGCAAGUGCAGUUCAAGUUCCUGGAUGCUGUAGAAUCCAUGGACCCCAACAACAUUGUGCUGCUGCUUCAGAUGAACCCGUUUCAUGUGGACUCCCUUCUGCAGCUCAGUGAUGUGUGCCGGAUGCAGGAGGAUCAGGAGAUGGCCCGUGAUCUCGUAGAGCGGGCGCUGUACAGCCUGGAGAGUGCCUUCCACCCCGUCUUCAGUCUGACCAGUGGGACCUGCAGGCUGGACUAUCGGCGGCCUGAGAACAGGGCUUUCUUCCUGGCCCUCUUCAAGCAUCUGAUGUUUCUGGAGAAGAGAGGCUGUCCCCGCACAGCCCUGGAGUUCUGCAAGCUGAUUUUGAGCCUUGAUCCAGAGAAUGACCCACUGUGUGUGCUGCUGAUGAUCGAUUUUCUGUCCCUCCGAGCUAGAGAAUACACCUUCCUGAUCCGCAUGUUCCAGGAGUGGGAGAGUCACCGGAACCUGUCGCAGCUGCCCAAUUUUGCCUUCUCGGUGCCUCUGGCCUAUUUCUUCCUAAGCCAGCAGGAGGAGCGCUCCGAGCUGGAGCUAAGCCAAGCCCGGGAGAAAGCUGCCCGGCUCAUCCAGCUCGCGUUGGUCAUGUUCCCAAGCGUUCUUAUGCCAUUGUUGGAUCACUGCAGUGUGCAGCCUGAUGCCAGGGUUGCAAACCAUUCCUUUUUCAGGCUGAAUGCUCAGAUAAGCCAGCCUCCCACCUUGAACCAGCUGACAUGCCUCUAUGUGGGAAGGACUCACUCCCUGUGGAAGGACCCAGCUGUCAUGGCGUGGCUGGAGACCAAUGUCCACGAGGUGCUGUGCAUGGUGGAUGCCCAGGACCCACUGGUGGAGGAGUCUGAGCACAAGAGGAAGAUGCGGUACCAGAGUGCACCCAGGAAUAUCUACCGGCACAUCAUCCUCUCAGAGAUGAAGGAGGCUACAGCAGCUCUGCCUCUGGAGGUGACUUCACAGCCUGUGAUGGGGUUUGACCCAUUGCCUCCUUUGGACUCCAUCAUUUCCUACACCAGACCAGAAAGGACGACUCAUCCAUCCAACGAAAGCACUUUAUCUCUCUUCUUCCGCUCGCUGUUGCCAAAUUUUAACUUGCAGGUAUGUGAUCUCAGGCCUGACGGGGAUGAAGAGGCUGGAGCAGGGCAGGACCUGAACCAGGGGGUGAACAGGCUCAUGGCGGCCAUGCGGGACAUGCUGGCGAACAUCCAGUUCCAGGAGCCCCCCCGAGAUGACAACCCUGAAGGCGAUGGUGACUGGGACUGAGCCGAGAGCAUGUGUUGUUCCCCCUCCCCUCUGUGAUCACCCCCAACUUGUGUCCACUCCAAUAAAGUCACACAAGGC